AUGUCGUACAGUGACCUGAAAGGCAAGACUUUCAUCGUGACCGGCGCGGCCAGCGGCAUGGGACGGACGACAUCCCUCGCUCUCGCCAAACAAGGAGCGAACGUCGGUCUCCUCGAUCUCCGCAAACCCGACAACGUGCUCUCCGAAAUCGAGAAGCUCGGAGGCGAGGCCAUCUCGCUGGCCUGCAAUGUGCAAGACCGCUACGCCGUGGACGAGGCUGUCAAGGCCGUCGUCGACCGGUUCGGUGGCCUGCACGGAGCGGCCAACAUGGCUGGCUACGUCGGUAAUCAGGGGUUUCAUGGCAAAGACAACGCGCUCGAUAUCAUGGACGAUGCGUACUGGGAUAACAUGUUGACGACGAACUUGAAUGGGGUAAAGAACUGCUUGAGGGCGCAGUUUAAUCAUAUCAAGGAGGGAGGAUCGAUCGUCAAUGCUGCGAGCAUUGCGGGCCAGAUGGGCGUCGCGUAUAACUCGUGUUAUGCUGCCAGCAAGUGGGGGGUCAUUGGGCUGUCGAAGAGUGCUGCCCAGGAGGGAGGAGCGAAGGGGAUCAGGGUGAAUGCUGUUGCGCCUGGAGUGGUCGAUACACCCUUGGUCGAUUCGCUGGGAAGUGAGAAGGAGGUGUAUGACUUCCUGCUCUCGAAGACGGCGCUCAAGCGGAUUGCGCAGCCAGAGGAAGUGUCCAAGGUGAUCAUGUUCUUGUUCAGUGGGGAGGCAGGCUAUGUCACAGGCAACGUGAUCAACGUCGAUGGGGGGUACCAAUGA